AUGUCAAAUCGAUACCUUAAGCAGCAACAAGAGGAAGAAAACAGUUUAGAAAGCGACAGUUACGAUAUUUCAGUGCAAGAAAGUUUCAAACAAUUUAGAAGGCAGCUCGAUAAAAACUACGAUUAUGAUCCCGAAGACUUAAACGAAAUGCAAUUCGACUGAAUAAGGCCAGAAAACUACAAACAUAUCCCAAAUGAUGAUUGAAGGUCAUGCGAAAAGCAGAUUAAAGACUCAAGAGAUUUGUGUUCUAUGGAUCACUGCGCAAUGCUUUAA